AUGGCAUCGUCUCAAGUCGAAUUUGCCUCGUCAACCCCACCAUUUAGUUGCAUCGUCAAUACGAGGAAUCAUCAUCAUCGAGUCACACAAGCCAAAAAUUUAUUCGACCAUUUCGUCCGAGACCACCUUAACAGCAACGAUAACGGUAAUUUUCGUUCAUGGGACACAAACAAUAAGGCAAAGAACCACCUCGGAACCCUACGUUUUGCGUCCAACAAAAAAAGAGACCAAGAUGAGUCGUCCACGUUGGUGAGCCCUAACCACGAAGAACCAUCACCAUCUUCGUCGUCCUCGCCGCCGUCGCCGCCUUUAAGGAAACAAAAACCACCUCCGAUUUCUGUUCCCUCAGAUUUCUCAUCACCCUGUGAUAUCUCAAAUCUUAAAGGGGCUUCAUCACUGGUUCAAAUAUGGGAACAGAGACUAAACCAAUCAUCAAAUAACACGACCAAGUCGUCGUCAACUCCGAAAUCUAGCCCUAGCGCAACAUCAUCUUCAUCAUCACCGCAAAGUUCUUCAUCAUCAUCAGAAGAAGCAGAUUCACCACAAGGCCUGAUUCACAAUGAGGGAGAUCAUCAUCAUCAGGGGGAGAGAUCAGUUGUGAGGGUGGCUGAUAUUAUCAAAAGACUAACAGCGACGAGUGAAGUAGAGAUUGUGGAUAUUAAUGAUAAUCAAAUUCAUCAUCAUCUAAGUUAUUGUGUGGGAUCUCCAGAACAAUCAUCGGAGAAUAGAAGCUUUGUGAUAAAAUCACCAAGAAUUAGAGGACGGCAAGCCUUUAAUGAUUUGCUUAUGCAAAUGGAGCGUGAUCGUCAUGGCGAGCUCAAUAAUCUUGCAGAUCGUGCGGCUGUUUCAAAGUUCUCACAUAAGGGUCGGAUUCAGGCAUUGCUUCGAUUAAGACUAAUGCAACGUGGUAUAAUGGCUAAGGAUCAACGUGGUUUGCAAUCAACAACAGCACAAGGGAUCAAAAAACUUCAAGGAUCUGUAAUUAUGCGCUUAAGGGAAAGAUUUAGCAGAGGAAUGAAAAAUGGAAGUAGUUUAUCAUCAAUUGAAGCAGAAGUAGUUGAAGAACCAAGAACUCCUUUUAGAGAAGAAGAAGGCAAAUUCUCAUCACCAAUAAAUAAUACUCCAAACCCUACCCAAAACCCUGUGUCCCAUAUAGAUCAAACCAAAGAAGAAGAGGAAGAGGAUGAAGCACCACCUCCUUGCUCAAAUGUCUCAGUAUGCUCCGAGGCUCAAAAUGCGGAAACGAGUUCUUCUUCCAUGGCUGAUCUAAAUGCAGAAUCAGAGGUAUCAGAGAAUGUUAAAGGAAGAGAAGAGAAGCAUAAUAAUAAUGUUUCUGAUCAAACUAGUGAUGAUGAGAUGGAGGAGGAGGAAGAAGAAGAAGGAGAAGGAAGUGAGGAAGAGUAUGAUGAGAGAAUGUAUGAUGAGAUUGAAGAGGUAGAGAACAGUAGUGAGCAGAGUUAUGGUGAUGCUGCCAAUUUUGAUUGGACUAGUCAGAUUUCUAAACCUAAGAGCUAUUGGGAAGAUCGCAGGCAGGCGUGGUAUAAAGAGAUGCUUAAUAAUGAAUCACAAAAUAAUGACAUCUGCCAACUCCUUCAAAGAAGAACGGUGUCAAAUUUUCUAUGUAGUGACUUCAGAGAAAAAAUGGACAGGUUAAUGGAGUCUCACAAGGGAACACAAACAAACCUAUUGGCUAGUCGAGAUGGCGAUGAAGCCAACCACCAUGGGAAAAUAGGGCAAUUGGAAAUGGAACUCAUAUAUGAUUUGAGAGGGCAUAUGAAGCAGCUUUAUCAUGAGAUGUCUGAGUUAAGGAAAUCAAUAAGGAGCUGCAUGGAUAUGCAGAUGAUCUUACAAAAAUCACUCAGUCGAGAGAAUAAUCAUCCAGGUAAGGGAAAGAAGUCCCAUGUUAGAGUAUUAAAGAAAGGAAACUGUUGUAUUUGCUUAAAGAUGAAGGCUGAUUCACUUUUAUACAGAUGUGGCCAUAUGUGCACGUGCCUAAAAUGUUCCCAUGAGUUACAAUGGAAGAAUGGGAUGCGCCCAAUCUGUGAGGCUCCAAUAGUUGAUGUUGUCCGAGUUUAUGUUGAUGCUUAG